AUGGCGACUACUGUUUGUCAGCUCGAUGAUCGCCUGAAUUCCUUCUCUUCUCGCACUCUCGAGGUCGAAAAUGCCGUCACUACUCAAAUUGCUACUUUGGAGGAUCAGAAUCGCACUCAGUCAAAUCAGCUCACUGAGUUAAUGGCUCGCUCCGAAGGGCAUUCUCUGCAGUUUGCGACGCUCACUACUCGUCUAGAGGGGAUGGAGGAUCGCGCCGCGACUCGUUUCGCCCAAUUCGAUCAGCUUCAGCAGAACGUUCAAGAAAUCCUUCGUCGACUGGAGGUUCAGCAGCGUCCGGAGGUUCAGCAAGCAGAGCGCCAGGAGGAUCGGGGUUUACUACCGCUACCUAAUUCCCGAUUUCGUAUUCCAGAUCCGGCCAUUCAGAUGAAUCGAGGUCCUCUGCCUCCACCUCAGAAGCUGGGAAGUUUUCAUUUGCGUAGUCAGAAACCGGUUAAGUAUUACCAGAGAUAUGAUCCCUUUUUACAGAGCAUUGGAUUUGCUAGCAUUCCUGAUAUUUCCAAGAUUAAACUUGAUGGGGCUUUGAUCAAUGCACUUGUUGAGAGGUGGCGUCCGGAGACAUCCACAUUCCACCUGUUUACUGGAGAGUGUACCAUCACUCUCCAAGACGUGGAGUUACUUCUAGUUCAGACGGACUUUCUAGGUAAUAAGUUGAGGACGAGUUGGCUACGACAUCAGUUUAAUUCUCUUCCAAAUAAUGCUAGCAUUCAGGAUCUGCAGAAUUUUGCCAAUACUUACAUCUUGUCACUCAUUGGAGGUGUGUUAUUCCCAAAUCGUUCUGGAGGGAACGUUAGUUGCAGUUUCUUGUGGAUCCUGCGUGAUUGGGAUAAGGCUACUAGUUACUCAUGGGGGUCUGCCGUCUUGUCGAACACAUACCGUGAGAUGGGCAGAACGGUCUUUGGUUAUGGAUCAACAGGUGGUAGUACGCAUGGGGACUUGGCUGGUUGUUUCAUUCUCCUUCAAUUGUGGGCUUGGCAGAGGCUACCAAGCAUUGCGACCAUUCCCCGUGAACCCGAUGUGCAUCACGUCCCUUUUGGAUUAAGGUGGAUCGACCUGGAAAACAAUGAAGCAAGUCUCGAAUUAAUGGAAUAUCGAGUAUUCUUUGAUACCACAAAGGAAUUCGAGCUUGACGUUAUGGAGGUUGCACGUGAAAAGACAAGGCCAGGACUAGUAUUAGGAGACUCGGAGGUCCAACAUUUGGAUGCUCUUCUCAAGACUAGUAUGUUGAUCGGCGGUGGUGACAUUCGCGAGAUAGGUGAUUCAGUGAUAGAUGGAGCACCAAGUGAGGAGGCAUAUGUACAUUACCCCCAGUACAUGCCCCGUAAACAAUGGAAAAGGAGAGAUCGUGCACGAGGACGAGGUCGAGAAAAUGUCGAGAGUGUCUCCAAUCCUAUUCAAGAGCAAGAUCGACAGUUUCCACAUAUACCAAAUCCAUUGGAAGUUCGAUUGCCCUACCAUGGUGGAUCUGUUAAUCAAGGUGAGGGUGUCACUCCUGGUCCAUCUAGUCAGUUUGGUACUCCCAUAUAUGCUGCGACCUAUGAUACUAUGCACUACGAAAGCGGUGGUAGUGGUUUAGGUUUUGCCAAAUUUGGUACCACCGAUACAAGCAGAGGCUUUGGAGGCAUUAACACUCCUACCUCGCAACAACUUUCACAACAGGAGGCACUCAGACAGUCAUCCACUGUUGAUUUUGACGAUGACGACGUUAUGCCCGUCCCAGUUCUCCCACGUGGACGAGGUCGCGGUCGAACGAGAGAUCCAGGGGAGAACGUCGAGGGACACCAUCAGUAUGGCUUACGAGAUCGAGCUACUAUCCCGCCCACUCUUUGUCGCACUGGUGGGCGCCAUCCACUUCGAGACGGUCAUCAUUAA